GUUUUGUAAACACCGCGCACGCUUGAUGAUAUAACCCAGUGAUAUGUAACACAACUUUUCGGAUUCACACAGGUCUGUUUUCCAGUCGCGUGUGUAGGCCUACUGCUGUACAGUAAAUUCACCAUGCCAGAGGGGCCCGAGCUGCACUUGGCCAGCCUGUACGUCAACAGGAUGUGCGAGGGACUGGUGUUCUCCGGCGCCGUGCAGAAGUCAGAGGUCAACAAGAACCAAGAGGUGCCUUUCUGUUGCGACGCUUACCGUGUGAGCGCCGUCUCGAGGGGGAAGGAGGUACGCCUCACCCUCACGCCCAUCAAGACCGACGAAGAGACUGAUAAUAAGCGCGCCGCCAGAGGGGCCAAGAACCUGGUUCAGAACAACCAGGAGCCCAUGGACAUCGUGUUCCGCUUCGGAAUGUCCGGGUUCUUCCGGCUAGGCCCGGAGAGCGAGCUCCACAAGCACGCGCAUCUACGGUUCUACACUCGCGAGGAGCCUCGCCGGGUGCUGAGCUUCGUGGACGUGCGGCGGUUCGGGAGCUGGGAGCCCAACGGCACCUGGCAAGCCGAUAGGGGCCCCUGCAUCAUGUUCGAGUACCAGAGCUUCAGGAACAAUGUUCUGUCGCAUCUGGAGGACAAGGCCUUCGAUAGGCCCAUCUGUGAAGUCCUGCUGAACCAGAAAUACUUCAACGGCAUUGGCAACUACCUCCGAGCAGAGAUUUUGUACAGAUUAAACAUUCCCCCGUUCGUAGAGGCACGCAGUGUUUUGGAAGGUCUCCGGUCACAGAGCGAGGAAGAUGAUGAGGACAAGAAAGAGUUGAAUUCCAAGCCGGCAAGGAAGACUGAGAGAGACAUUAGUCCUCCUGACCUCCUCACCCUGUGCAACACGGUCCCACUGGAAGUUGUGAAAAUGGGAGGGAAAGGUUACGACCCCCAGAAAGAGGACUAUUCUGAGUUUAAGGCCUGGCUCCAGUGUUACUAUGUGGACGGCAUGAAGUCCAUCAGAGACCACAACAAGAGAACCAUGUGGUUCAAGGGAGAUCCGGGUCCCAUGGCUCCAAAAGAUCCAAAGACACCCAAAGUUAAAGCUAAAGCUACGAAGAGGGUGAAGAAAGAAGACCAUGACUACACAGACACUGAUAAGGCUGCCAAAAAGAAACGCACAAAGUCCAGCAGCACAAAAGAGAGCAAAGUGAAAGCGGAGAGCAGCACAAAGGCAGUCAAGGUGGAGAGAAGGGUCCCUCGUAGGGCCAGCGCAUCAAAGCCUUCCAGAAGCAUUCAGAAGGAGGAAGAGGCGGAAGACCACCAUGCCAAGGAAAACGCAAAACCGAAAGGCCGCAGAAAGAGCAGCACAAGUGUAGCGCGCAGGACGAGUAGUGUGGUCGUGAAACGAGGCAGAGGCUCCCAAAAUGGCCGGGAGGAGGCUAAGACGCCACAGAGCGAUAAGACACGAACAAGAAGGAGGAACAGCAGCACAACAGCUGAGCCUCAGAGACGAAGUGGGAGAGCAUCCAGGGGCAGUGUGAGACAGAGCAACUAAGUGGAUGAUCGGAUGGAGGUCACUGGACACUGAUUCACUCAUCUCACACACACACACACACACACACACACACACACACACACACACACACACACACACACACACACACACACACACACACACACACACACACACACACACUCCCCCUCCUAUCCUGUCUUAUUGUACUACACUCCUCAGUUGUAAUACAACAUUAUCCAUACUGGAUUAAUACAACUGGUUGAUAUUUUUUAAAGCUCUGAUAUAACGAGAUGGUGAGCACAAGAACUUGAAUUGCAUUCCUCAGAAACACUCGUCACACCUCCAGCAUUGAUACUGAUAUAUGCGGUUUUGUACAUUAUAAUUUUUACUUGAGAAAAAAAAACAUUUUUACUGAAAAAAAGAACCCAAAAUAAAAUGCCUUCAUGUUUUUUUAAAACCUAGUUUCCUGA